AUGUACGACAGCGAGGCUCGAGGAGCAAGGCUUCUCGACAGGCUUCGACUGGCAGCCGAGCAGCAGCGACUGAUCCUCGUCGCCACGGGCCAGUCACUCCACUACGAGACCGUCCGCGAGGCAGCCCAGAUGCAGUUCCCGGAGCAUCGCCCGGCACCGCCAACCGUGUUCGCCAGAGAGUUCGAGUCAGGACGUCGUGGUGACCAAGGCCAGGCGGAAAGCCGACAGCCACACAGCAAGGGCGGCAAGGGAAACUACAAGGGCGGCAAGGACGCUGGCAAGGGCAAGGCGCACAAGGCCUUUGUGACGGAAAAGGAAAGCCAGGCCAAUGACGGCGGCGAGCAGGGCGAUCGGCUCUCGGAGAUCCCCGAAGGCGAGGACAAGAACAACGAGGAGGCCCCGGACAACGAUGACGACGACCCCGAGCUCAUCCCCGACCAGGAGGGCGAGGCCGAGGACGACGACGUCAACGAGGCCAUACAAGCUGCCGCCGAGUGCCUUACGGUCACUGCCCGGCGACUGCAAGGAGUAACCCUCGGCAGGAAGUUCUCGGGAAAGCCCCGCUCCAUCGAGGACAGGAAGAAGGCCACACACUGCGCAGCGUGCGGUGCACGAGGACAUUGGCAAGGAGACGACGCCUGCCCUGUGUCAAAGAAGAGCGCUUCCGGAUCUGGGACAAGCACGAGACCGGCAGCAACACGUGGCGCCGACAAGCCCAACGCCAAGACCAUGCCCAAGAAAGUCAUGACCGUCCGACAUGCCGACGGAGCUUCGACUCAGCGCGAGAUCUCCUUGGUCGACCCAGGACUUUCGGAGGGGCACGUUCAUGAGUACGGGUCUUACUUCACCACGUUCACUUGCCGAGCUGUCUCCUCCACGUUUCAGGUUCAGGAAGUUUUUCUCUCGAAAGUUGCAGAUUUUGCAGGUUUUGCCGUGCUGGAUACCGUGUGCCAAAGGUCUGUGUGUUCCCUCGGCUGGUUACGAGGCCACCAGAAGCUGAUCAAGAAAUUCGGCUUGGAGCCCCACUCGACACCAGAGAAAGAAGGGUUCCAGUUCGGCGUGGGAAACGUGCAGUUCAGCUCUGAACAUGUGUACCUUCCUGCCUGUCUAGAUCACGACUUGAACACGUGCUGUCUGGUUGGUGCAAGCGUGCUGCGCAAGAAGAGUGACAUUCCUUUGCUGCUCAGUCUGCCCAUGAUAGAGAAGAAGCUGCAGGCAGUGCUUGAUUUCCCCAAGGGUUGUGCGAGACUUGGAAUCUUCAAUGUAGAGGUCCUCAUUGUAAAGGCCAACGGCCACAUAAUAUGCAUUGCCAUAGCCAAUUUCGAGGCCUCCCGCAUGCAGAGCACCAAAGAUGUAUGGUUGGACCUCAGCCGAGUUUUGGAUCAAGGCAACAGCGACCUCGAGCUGGUCAAAGCCACGACUUUCCCUCCUCGCGCAGCGAUCAGUGGCCCCGCCUCCUCGAUGGAUGCAGAAUUGGCGGUGCUUGAUGACGGCGGUGCGGGCGGCCGAGACGGUGCUGAUCCGCUUCCUGCUGAACACGAUCCGUUUGGGCCUUCGACCGCGCUCCUGGCUGGCUCACCAGGACCCCUUGUGCCUGGAGAUGACGCAGAAGCUGGUGGAAUCAGCAAGCCAAGCUUGCAGCCAUCCUCCAGAAGCUCUGGUGAGGUCGGGAAACCAGUACGGGAGCUUCUGCAAGUGCAGCCAGUGCGGCAUCAAGUGGAGGUACAACAAAAGCGAGGCUGCCUGGCAAGAACGGCCAUCAUCGCGGCGACUGCCGCUGCCACAGCCAUCGGACAGUGCUUCAGCCCGACGGCCAGCGUGGGCAGUCAAGGCGCUCCCGGUCCCCGAGACCUCCUCGAGUUCGACUACACCAGCGACGCCCUCGACACCAUUGCGGUUCUGAAGAAUGCCAUCUACCAGUUCAAACCUUUGUGUGUCCUGGUGGAGUGGCCCUGCACGGUCUGGACGUUGUUCAACGAGAACCUGAACUACGUGCACCGGAUGCCCGA